UGAGCCAGUUUCUCAGGAAGGAAAUUACCAGAUGGCCUGGCUAACUGGAAAGACAGCCUAGCCCAGGUCAGAGGGUAGAAACCAAAUCAUUGUUCACUGGCUACAGGAAGGCCAUCUUCUCCAACAGCAAGGAGAACAGGAAGGAAGUGAAGAUGUAGGGAGAUAGGAACCCUGAGAGGCCUGUGAACACAUCCACACCCACACGCCAUGGAGGUCAGCCUCCCUGAUCCCCUUCUGUGGCUAAGGAGGGCAUCUGGCUGAGGCCCCUGGACUCACUGAGACACUAGUGUUAGGUGCCUACAGCCUCAACAGGUGGAAGCCCCCCUGAAGGGUGUCCCAAGGGGAACUGCCUAGACUUAGGGUCCCCAUGGCCAGAGCUCUGCAGCCAAGCCCAGGGACCGGGUGAGGUUCUAGGGCCUUGCCUGCUGCGUCCACCUGUCAUUAGGCCAUACCCAGCUGUUCCUCCCCAAGCUGCAGCCUACACCUUAAGGUGGGAGGGACACUUUCAGGGUGGCCACAGGGACAUUCCCAGGGCAAAGAAGAUGGGACGCAGGCUCUAGUGACACUCUGUCAGACCUACACCCCUAACAUGGAUGUCGCAGCCCACACAGCCACUCUGCUUUUAGGAUCUCCCUGCUAGGAGGAGGCACCUCCUGGGAGCAACAUCGUAGUGAACAGCAAAGAAUAUCACUUUCAGAAGAUAAAUGAAAGCAACCAUUCUGGUUUUUUUUCCCAUCUGAAAUAGGAGUUCUGACGAGUAAGAGUAUCUUGAACAGUAGUUAAACCUAGCUUCUGGAAGAAGCUUAUCAGCUGCUCGGCACCCACAAGCGGCCCAGAAACAGCCUCUGCAGGGCAUCCAGGCCCGAUAAACGGUGCUGUGCCGCUCUCAGACCUAGGGGCCAGGCCAUGGCAGGUAGCGUGUGAACAGAGUGAAUUCUAACCAGACACUGUUCCACACGAUGCUUCCCCUGGAGCCCAGAUGCUCGCCCAGUGCAGGCCCUAAGCCCUACCUCCUGCUCCACUUCUUCUUACUGCAGGCCAUUAGCAGUCUGGGCAGCUGCUGUGCCCACCAGGCUGCAUGGGGGCACAGUGGGGCAAGCAGUCCUGCCAGGAACAGCACUCUGUAGCCAAAGAGUAGGUCCUGUCUGCUCUUGUGGUCCCCAGCAGGUCACAUGCACGUACAUCUGGAAAUGCACGUGUGGGAGGCUACAGACCCCCUACCCCAGCUCUAAUGUUUUCCAUUCUAAGCCUGCCCUGUGCUGCUGCUGUGCCUUCAAAGAGCCUUGUGUGUCCCUGGGCCUGCAGUGAACGCAGCCAGCAUCUCUAUGGCAGAGUCUCAGUGAGGUCCAACUAUUUUGUCCUCAGUUCUACAGACAAACGUCUGUUCAGUUCAUUUCCUCAAGAGAAAAGGAAACUUAGGGCCGAACUAAACUAAGCUCUGGGUCUCAGGACCUGAGCUGCCUAUACCCAACCUGCAGGCCAUCCCCAGGGGCUGGAUGCUCCGUGGGACAGAUGCAGAGGCCCCAAGCACAGAGCAGAGGGUGUGAGCACACUUGCUCUGGAGGGCAGACUAUCCAAGUGCCGCCUCCCCUCUCGAAACCAGCUGUAAACACAGAUAGGGAGGGGCCUCCACGCCUGCCAAGGGAGGCAGCGACCGCGUGAGUAAUUGACUCAAGGAAAACAAGUGCAGCAGGAGUGUGCGCCACGCUCACGCGCAUCGCUGGCUGCUGCAGAGUGGCUGGGAUUCCCGAGACACGGGCCCUGGCUCUGCCAUGCUGCCUGCUGCUGGCCUCUGGAGUCCACAGUAUAAAGGAAGGAGGGACUUGUGAUAAAGCAGAGCUGUGAAGCUGGGGUGAGCUGCCUGCCAUGUGGAGCUGUGGCCCACUCAACAGCACAGCGUGGGGCGAGGAGCCGCUGUGCCGGAACCUGCGUCUGGGGCUCUGGGUCCUCUCGCUUCUCUACCUGGGAGCAGGUGUCCCUGUGGGCUUGGGCUACAAUGCCCUGCUGGUGCUGGCCAACCUGACCAGUAAGAACAGUAUGACUAUGCCGGAUGUGUACUUCGUGAACAUGGCUGUGGCCGGGCUGGUGCUCUCAGCAUUGGCACCUGCAUACCUGCUGGGCCCCGCCCACUCCAGGUGGGCCCUGUGGAGCCUCAGCAGCGAGGCCCAUGUGACACUGCUCAUCCUGUUCAAUGUGGCUUCCCUGGUGAUCAUGUAUUCUACUGCCCUGCUGAGCCUUGACUACUACAUCGAACGUGCCCUGCCACGUACCUACAUGGCCAGUGUGUACAACACCCGGCACGUGUGUGGCUUCGUCUGGGGUGGGGCCAUGCUCACCAGCUUCUCCUCUCUGCUCUUCUACAUCUGCAGCCAUGUGUCUUCACGCAUCGCUGAGUGUGCCCGGAUGCAGAACACGGAGGCCGCCGACGCUAUCCUGGUGCUCAUCGGCUAUGUGGUGCCAGGCCUGGCUGUGUUGUAUGCGCUGGCACUCAUCUCAAGGAUUGGGAAGGAAGACACGCCCCUGGACCAGGACACCAGCAGGCUGGACCCCUCGGUGCAUAGGCUGCUGGUGGCCACCGUGUGUACACAGUUUGGGCUCUGGACGCCUUACUACCUGAGCCUGGGGCACACAGUGCUGGCCUCACGGGGGAGGACCACAGAGGGGCAUUAUCUGGGCAUCCUGCAGGUUGCUAAGGACUUGGCCAAGUUCUUGGCCUUCUCAAGCAGCUCCGUGACGCCGUUGCUCUACCGUUACAUCAACAAAGCCUUCCCCGGCAAGCUCCGACGGUUGGUGAAGAGAAUACACUGUGGGCACCGGCACUGCUCCCCUGACCCUGUGGGGAUCCAGCAGGUGAUGGCACAGGCGUAGCUCACCCCUCCCUGGUCUUCAGUCCCAGGAGAGGACUUGACCACAAGGAACACUAAAAUCCACCUGGACGCACAGCACUUUGUUCACCAAGCACGGCGCUGCCACCCCCAGGAGACACGCUGAGAACAGAAUGGCACGGGGGGCACUUCUCUGACAUGUUCUAUGUGCCCCCCUAAAAGGCCAGUCUUGGUUUGACGCUGCCUUGUGGAAAGCGGCGGUGCCUUGUGCUAACGGGCUGCUUCUGACUAACCUCCCCACCUUCCCCGCAAGGUGUGUGCCUUUCUCCCAGGGACAUCUUCAAGGUCCAUGUCCUCCAACGCAGGCUGACCUUUGGCCUCCCUGGCAUUUGGGCUUUCUAAAUGAAGUGAUGAAAUCUAAAGCCAGUAUUUAUACUUCAUAUUGACACAAUACUUGAUUCUCCUCUCUCUUUUUUAUUAAAUAAAAAGAAGUGUUAGAAAACGCCUGAUAUUAAGAUACAAACAGCACAAGGGAGCAUGGCUGUCGCUGGUACCGAUGUCACAGCUUGAGGACAGGACAGUGCCUGUCGGGCCUGAACUGCUGACAGCGAUAGCCGUGCGUGCUGGACCUCUCUCCAGCCACACAUACCUGGCUACCUCUCUCCUAGAGAACUUAGUACAGGCCCGUCCUUCCAGGGCCUCAAUACAUGCACAUCAGUAAACAGAAGAAAGUACUCUCUCCUUAGCGUAGAAACCGUAGGACCCCAGGACAGAGCUCUGGAUGUGGUAAAGUGUUGGCCAGGCAGGAUGGUAGGAGGCCAGGUGCCCCAAGGUGACCAGGGACUGGCAUCCAGGUUAAGGGCCCUGCCUGGUUGGUUUCACACAGCUGUGGGGUGGUACAGGAUGAGGCUCGCCUUCCACAGGUGUCUGGGUCCAGGCCUCACCCACAUGCCUCUGGGGCCUUGUGUUUGGUAAUUAACUACUCUAACACGUGGGCAUGAAAAGAAUUCCCACCACCCCCAUCCCAUCACUGUCACCACCCCAUUCUCUACGGUUACAUUGCAAGCCCACAACUCCUUGCUCCCAAGUUCUAGAGAUCUCCAUAUGAUCGUCUAACCUGCCUGUCUCCGCAGAGGGUGGGUGUGAGGUGUGAUCCAUAUUCACUGGCCUUCCUACAUGGCCCUGAGGCUGUCCUAGUUGCUUGGGAACUUCAGCUAAGAGUAAGUUUAGUUUUAUCUAUUCUAUGCAAACUACAUCCCCUCGGAUGGUGAGUGCCGGAGUUAAUCUGGCUUAAGGAGAAUUAUUGAGGUGCACGAGGUCCUUAGCCCUAGCUGUGAUCCACUGGGCACGCUCUGUGGGGCCUAGUUCUCAAGGGUAAACCACAAGGCUAGGUUAGUCAAAAGUCUCAGUGCUUCUGGCUGUAAAGUGUUGCUUUGAGGUUUUUAAAAUGGCAAGCCAAGCUUUCCCUGUCCUCCUGGACGCACAGUUGAACGAAGGUUCUGAGGCUGCCAGGGUCCCAGCCCACAGCCACACCGACUACCAAUGCUUGCUGAGGAAACAAGAACCCUCACCAUGAAGGUUCUAGCUGGGCCUAGCCCGCAGGCCAGCUGUAGUUCUUCUCUGGUGAAAGCAAGCCCAGGGGCCAAGGUCAGGGCAAAUAAAGUCAGCCUAAGCUUUGUGGGCCACAGGGGAAACAGGAUUCAGAUGGGCGGGGCUGUUCAUGAUAUCGGUGUCCAGCUUAAAGCAGUCAUUGCCCUUGCUGACCAUUUUACACCCUUUGGCCCAGGUAGAGGACCUGGGAGGGGCAGACCCCAGGUCCAGGAAGGGCUCUGUGUCCUGGAAUCCUUCACCCCAGUCAUUCCCAAGCAAGGUGGGGAGAGGCCCAAAUGUUCCUUUGUUGCAUUUUUCUCAGUGGCCUUAGGGAUAAACUGACCAUGUUCUAGGGGACCCUCGAAGGACCAGAAUCCAGGACCCUGUGACUGGCAUCAACUGUCUAGCCACUUGUCCUGCAGGGACAGCCCAGUGGACACCCAGCUGUCUGCUUGGGUGGAGCUGCACAUGGCUAGAAUAGUGGCCAUCUGCAAUGCAGACCUUCCCUGCACAGACCCCUAGUGUGAUGCGCCCUCCCACCCAGGACCCUAUUCCCACCACCUGCCUCCUCGUCCCAGGCCAACCACAGCCACCCAAGCACCACACAGUCACCGGUGCUCUGAUAUCUGUCUGUGAGUCUGUGCUGAGUUCAUCCUGGGAGCCCCCACUGUCUGCGUUCCAAUUCUUUCUCCCAAAGUAGGAAAGAACCUAACCACGUAGAGAAGAGGCCACUGCAACAGCCGCGCAUGCGCACAAUGCUUUCUCGCAUGGGUUUUAGAUGCCAGGCAGGAUACGCAGUUCCCCAAGGAUCGCUAAUUUGGCUGUCAACACUUCUUGAUGGUUAUAAUUUACGAUGAAUGCUCUUAUUUUCAUUAACUCACAAGAAAGCCUGCGGUGUGUCGUUACUUAGGAUUCCAGAAAGUGACCUUUCUCUUUGAUUUCCUUCACGAUGUCACAUGACAUGGCAGAGGAAACCGGAGCCAGUGCUCUUUGGGGCAGAUAUACCCAGGAACCACAGACACCUGUUCUUUAGAGAAAGCAUUCGGCAAAGGGCAACCCAGGGACAGGAUGAUAAACUGCAUGUCUGCUUCUCGGGAAGAUGGGGGCUUUCCCAUUCCUGACCGACGGGAUCCACCCCAGUGGCUGGAUCCAUUUGCCAAAUUCUGUGACUGUGAAAAAGAAACUACUGAUGAGAUUCACACAUCUGAAUACUAUUAAAUUAUUUAACACUCA